GACCAGAAUAUUCUUUAGAAAUGUCCACAAAUGGUAAACUGUUUUACUUCUGUUUUGCAUCUAAUCUGUGGUCAAAGCGGAUGCAUAUCGACGUCAAGAGUGCCGUUAAAUAUGGCAAUGGAUUGUUGAAGGACUGGACGCUUACCUUUGCCGGUGCUUCCAGACUCUGGUUGGGAUCCAUGGCUAAUAUCGUACCCAAAACUAAUGGCGUCGUUUGGGGAACUGUUUGGACAAUUAGUGACACAGAAUUGGAAAUUAUGGACAAACAAGAGGUCGGAUAUAAGAGGAUUGAAAUCAAUGUAUUAGUCGGCGAAGAAGUGGUCAAAUGUGAUGUUUAUGUACAGAAGGGGACUAACGUUGACGGGUUUGAGUUCACUACCGACAAAACCACUCCGAGUCUGGCCUACAAGACAGUGAUCCUGAAGGGAGCCAUUGAACAGGGAUUACCCGAAGAUUACAUACAAUUCCUGAAGUCAUUUAAAGACAACGGAAACAUAAACGCCGGUCCAAAGGAUCUCAACUUAACACCCAUUCCGUGAAUUUAGACAAUCAUUGAAUCUAUUGUUUAUCAUAUUUUUGUUAGGUUUUCAAAUACUUUGACUUUAAAUUUGU